GGUGUCUGUCUCGCCGGGGUGCGCGGCGUUCAGGCCCGGCCGCCCGCGAGCAUGGCGGGCGCAAAGCGGCGCUCAGUGGCGGCCCCGCCGCCGCCGGUGGCCGAGGAGGAGGAGCAGCAGGCACGGGAGAAGAUGUUGGCUGCGCAGCGCGCGGACAACGCCGGGGAGGGCGAGGGCGUGACCCUGCAGCGUAACAUCACCCUGCUGAACGGUGUGGCCAUCAUCGUGGGUACCAUAAUCGGCUCAGGCAUCUUUGUGACCCCCACGGGCGUGCUCAAGGAGGCGGGCUCGCCCGGACUGGCGCUGGUAGUGUGGGCCGUGUGCGGGGUCUUCUCCAUCGUGGGCGCGCUUUGCUAUGCCGAGCUGGGAACUACCAUCACCAAGUCGGGCGGCGACUACGCCUACAUGCUGGAGGUGUAUGGCUCGCUGCCUGCCUUCCUCAAGCUCUGGAUCGAGUUGCUCAUCAUCCGGCCCUCCUCGCAGUACAUCGUGGCUCUGGUCUUUGCCACCUAUCUGCUCAAGCCGCUCUUCCCCACCUGCCCGGUGCCCGAGGAGGCCGCCAAGCUCGUGGCCUGCCUCUGCGUGCUGCUUCUCACUGCUGUGAACUGCUACAGCGUGAAAGCCGCUACCCGUGUGCAGGAUGCCUUCGCAGCUGCCAAGCUCCUGGCCCUGUCCCUGAUCAUCCUGCUCGGCUUCAUCCAGAUUGCAAGGGGUGACGUAUCCAACCUCAAUCCUGAAUCCUCCUUUAAAGGCACCAACCUGGAUGUGGGGAAGAUUGUGCUGGCUUUGUACAGUGGUCUCUUCGCCUAUGGAGGAUGGAAUUACCUGAAUUUUGUCACAGAGGAGAUGAUCAACCCCUACAGAAACCUGCCCUUGGCCAUCAUCAUCUCCCUGCCCAUCGUCACACUGGUGUAUGUGCUGACCAACCUGGCCUACUUCACCACACUGUCUACUGAGCAGAUGCUGUCGUCUGAGGCUGUGGCCGUGGACUUCGGCAACUACCACCUGGGAGUCAUGUCCUGGAUCAUCCCAGUCUUUGUGGGCUUGUCCUGCUUCGGCUCGGUCAACGGGUCCCUGUUCACGUCCUCAAGGCUAUUCUUUGUGGGAUCGCGGGAGGGCCAUUUGCCCUCGGUCCUCUCCAUGAUCCACCCUGACCUCCUGACACCUGUGCCAUCCCUUGUGUUCACGUGCAUCAUGACCCUGCUCUACGCCUUCUCCAAAGACAUCUUCUCCGUCAUUAACUUCUUCAGCUUCUUCAACUGGCUGUGUGUGGCACUGGCCAUCAUUGGCAUGAUCUGGCUCCGCUUCAAGAAGCCUGAGUUGGAGCGGCCCAUCAAGGUGAGCCUGGCUCUGCCUGUGUUCUUUACUUUGGCCUGCCUAUUCCUGAUUGCUGUGUCCUUCUGGAAGACGCCUGUAGAAUGUGCCAUCGGCUUCACAAUCAUUCUCAGUGGGCUGCCUAUCUACUUUUUUGGUGUCUGGUGGAAGAACAAGCCCAAGUGGCUCCUGCAAGCCAUCUUUUCUACGACUGUCCUGUGCCAGAAGCUCCUGCAGGUGGUCCCGCAGGAGCCCUAGCCCAGCUGCCUAGAAGCCGCAGGGGUAGAGCAUGCAGCCGUCUUCAGACCAUGCCCUCAGAAGAGCAGCUUCCGGCCCCUGAACUCCACCAGGGCCCAGCCUCCCCUGUAUCCCUCCGCGGACUGGGCAUCCACAGCAGUGGUCGAAACUCUGGUACGAAUUUACCCUGGAAGAUGAACAUCUGCUCAUGGCUUCCUGGGCGCAAGGGACUUCUGUCACCUUAGCCCUGCUCCUUUUUUUUAAAUUUAGUUUCUCUUUAACUUAAACAUGGGGUCACCUUGAUACCCCUGAGGUGAUUUUUUAAUUUUAUUUGAUUUUUUUCACGGAACUGAAGAUUGAACUCAGGCCCUGUGCUUGCCAGGGAAGCGCUUAUUCUACUGAGCCAUCUCCCUUGUCCUGAGGUAAUUAUUUUUUAAAGAGCUGGGGCAGAGAGACGAGGUAAUUUUCUCGCCUAAUGCUGUCUGCCUCAAGGGACCAGAUUACUGUCACAGGGUGCAUGGAACUACUGAAACUCGGAUGUCACUGUCAUGGCCACACAUUGCACUGAUGGUCUGAAAGCUCCACAGUGUGUGGCUGGCUCUCCCCACUCUCUUUCUCGCAGUGCUGGGAGGGACCCCAGCACGCUAGGCAGUGCUCACACGGAGCCACCCCCAGCCCUGUGAUUCUGUACGGUCAUAAAUGAAUGAGAGAUGAAGAUGACCCCCUCAAUAUACCAGGUCCCUCUGCUAGGAACUGUAGGUGCUAGGCAGCAGUCACCAGGGUGGGCAGCCCAGGGUUUCCCACAGCUGUCUCAGUUCUCUGGCAAGACCUGGUCUCUGCCCCCAGAUCAGGCUGGGAGGAGAGGAUAUACAGCAGGGACUUUGGGACACCCUUGGGCCAUGCUUUGGGCUAUGCCUGGGCCCCAGAUCACUGCCUACAUCAGGAAGAGUGGGCAGCUCUAGGGGCCUCUGUGCACCUUGGUAACUUCAGGUGGUUGGGACGUGGACAGGUCCUGGUGCCUCUAAGGGGAACCACACCUCACAGGGGUGGGAAGCUCAGGGUUCAGAGUGCUGGCUCAUCCUGCCUGCCCUCCACCCUCGGGGAGACCUAGCCAACUUGGAAGCCCUUCUCUGCUGCCAUACUCAGCUGACCUGGCCCCAGGGUCUGGUCCUUGGGGGGGCUCUGUUUCAAAGCAUCUUGUGUAACCCUUUGCUCUGUGUUUUGUCCUGACAUCUUACUGAUGGACACCAUGUUUAUUUAUUCCUGUGGCCAGCACUGCCUCCUGACUUUGGGAGCCACCCCAACCCACCCCAUCCCUGUGACAUCCAGAGAGUGACACAUAUGACCAGGGUAUCUUCAUUAUGUUCAUGGCUAACCUGUUACACUAGCUUGUUAGGAUGGGUAGUGCUGUUGUAUUGUGAGGUUUGGGUGGGUUUUUUUUGUUUUUUGAGUUUUUUUUUUAAUAAAAAGCAGUUGGAAUUCUGAUGCUUUCGUGUUCUCUCCUUUCUGCACCCGAUUCUGCUUGUGGAUGCUCUGGGAUUCCUGGGGCCUGGCUCUCACACAGGGUUCUGCCUGGGGGUGUCCUUCACCACAACCUUCCCCCACAAGCCCCUGGUGCCAGGACUGGGCCUGGAGGAGAACAAGGGCUUCCUGGGCUGAGUGAGCCAGGACCUGGCUGACACACUCCAGUCCCCAGGGGAGAAGGUUCAGGUUGAGGCUAAGGCAGGAGGGGCUUGGCCUGGCAGGGCAGGCAUGGGACCCUGGGGAUAACAGCACUUGAAGGGCUAGGUCAGGGUGAGACCAGGAACAACAGGA